AUGAGCAUCAUCAACCCAACGUGGCGCAAGGGCCUGGGUGUGACCAGCUACCCUGCAAGACGGCUGCUGUGGGACUUCAUGGAAGCACAAGAACAUCAGUUGCGUUGUUUGCAAAUUAUACAGAGGGACACGAUGCCACCAGCAGAGAGUUGGAGUGAGAUUCCAGUGAGGAGUGAUGAUGCCAAGGAUACAUUUCUGGAGCCUGCCCCCACCUGUUUGACUUUAGCCACACGUCUGGUGAGCUCACACUCCUACUUGCCCCAGAUGGAUCCUGGGGGCCUUUCUAGUUUGCUGGUCCUGAUUGCGAGCUUCCACUCUGAUGACACUGAAGCCCAGAAGUGGAAGCCGCCAGACACAAGCCGGCAGCGGCGGACUGCGGACGCAGGCACAACCAUCGGUCUCCUCUCCUCCACAGCAAGGAACCUGCGAGGGAAACAAGGACUCGGACUCAUCGUCACCACCUCCAUCGCCAGGGCCGUCUCCUCCACCAGCUCCGGGAACGUCAGGAGGGACUCCUGGAGCACAAUCAUCGCAGGUUAUGAAGAAGAACCAGAAAAGUUCCUAGAUAUGAUUGAAGGAGUUAUUGCUGCCCAUAAUCCAACCUGGAGCGACAUCCAGCAACUAAUGGGCUACCUCCUCACAACUGAACAGAGACUGCAGAUCCAAGCCAAUUUGGAAGAGGCUGCAGGAAUCCGAGGGCAGUUAGACAACCAACCAGACUCCCAGGUGACCCUCGCCAAGUAUGCACCUCGACUAGACCCAAGAUGGGACAUCCAAAAUGCAGAUCACCGGGCCCUUCAACGUGAAUACCAGCAGGCUUUCAUAGAGGCCGUGAAAAAAGGCAGACGAAAGAUGAUGAAUAUGCAAAAAAUACAUGAUGUAGUACAACAGAAAGAAGAAAGCCCGGGGAUGUUCCUUGAAAGACUGAUGAAAGCCUACCGCCGAUAUACUCCCAUAGACCCUGAACAUCCGAACAACAGGCAGACCGUAGUUCUCUCCUUCGUGUCACAAGCAGCCCCAGAUAUUAGAAAGAAAUUACAGAAGGCAGAUGGGUUUGAAGGAAUGUCACUAACGCAACUGAAAGCCUUGGCUGACCGAGUUUAUGUCAACCGGGAGGUUGAAGAGAAAAAAGAGCAGGUUAAGUUGAUGAAGGAAAAAGCCAGCCUCAUCGCGGCCGCCCUGCGCCCGGAAGUUCCCCAACUGACAGAUAAGAGAUCACACCGGCCAGUCCUAGGCCGAAAUCAGUGUGCAUACUGCAAAGAAGAGGGCCACUGGAAGACAGAGUGCCCCAAGAAAACUUCCGUGCCAGUUGUGGGGGCAGGAGGCCAGGUUUUACGAGCACCCUGUUUCAAGCCCCAAGGGAUCCAGAUAGGAGCCUGCGCCACGAAACAUGAAUUCAUCCUGAUCCCGUCCUGCCCCAUACCACUUAUCGGAAGAGACCUCCUUUGUAAAGUCCAAGCGACCCUGUCUUUCCAUCCAGAUGGCAAGGUCACAGGUACUGCUGGAGGGCAGCCACUUGUCAUCACCUGUCCCCUCAGAGAAGCGUGGAGAAUGGGACCUUCUAUGGGCCUCUGCGCUCCACUCCACACUAUCCAUACCGAAGUCGCCCUUCGAGUCAUCCGAGCCGUGCCAGGGGUCUGGGCCGAAAACAAUCCCAGAGGGUUAGCAUUGUCAGCUUAUCCUGUCAUCACUGAUCUGAAGCCCACUCAUGUUAUUGUUAACCAGCCACAGUACCCCAUUCCCUUAGAAGCCAGAGUUUCAAUGCAUGAGCACCUUGAAAAACUGCUGCAACUUGAAGUCCUGGUCCCCACCGUUUCACCCUGGAACACACCCCUCCUCCCAGUCAAGAAACCGGGCACUAACCAGUACAGACCAGUUCAAGACCUUCGCCUUGUGAACCAGCAGACGAAAGACAUCGCAGCCACAGUAGCAGACCCCUACUCCCUCAUCGGACUGAUACCAGGUGACAGCCUAUGGUAUUCGGUCAUCGACCUCAAAGACGCCUUCUUCACGGUUCCCUUGCACCCUGAUUCCCAGAAAAUCUUUGCCUUCACAUGGGAACACCCCCGGACAGGGCGAAAGAGACAAUUCACGUGGUCCCGCCUCCCACAAGGUUUCAAGAAUUCCCCAACUCUCUUUAGCCGCCAAUUGGCCGGGGAUUUGCAAAAAUACCAGGAAGAAGUUGGCCUAGUCCUCCAAUAUGUAGAUGACCUCCUUUUGCCCCGGCAUACUGAAGAGACCUGCCUCCUUGACACCAUUGCCCUGCUCAGACAUCUGGAGACUGCAGGUUACCGUGCUAGUCAAACCAAAGCCCAAAUCUGUAAACAAGAAGUGACAUAUCUGGGGUUUAUCAUCAAGAAGAACACUCGACUUUUAGCUGCCAGCAGGACCCAGGCAAUCAAUUGUAUACCCCAGCCCCGGAACAAAAAAGAAUUACGAGUUUUCCUGGGCAUGGCAGGGUACUGCCGGAUCUGGAUCCUGAACUACGCCGCCCUGACACAGUCCCUCUAUGAACUCUUGAAACAGAAAGUCCCUGAAUCCGGGACCCUAGACUGGACAUCUGAAGCAAAAGAGAGCCUCCGGAAUCUUAAAUCAGCCCUUACCAGUCCACCCGCUCUAGGACUACCUGAUAUCAGCAAGCCCUUCCACCUGUAUGUAGACGAAAGGAAGGGCACAGCCGUGGGCGUUCUGACCCAGAGAGUGGGUUCGUGGAAUCGGCCUGUAGCAUACCUAAGCAAGAAUACUGAUCCUGUGAGCAGAGGUUGGCCAGGAUGUCUCCGAUGUAUCGCCGCCGCAUGCCUGCUCUUAACUGAAGCCAUUAAACUUACCUAUGGGCAGCACAUAGAAAUCACUGCCUCACACUCCAUGAAAGCUCUGCUAGAAACCCACGGACCAAAGUGGAUGACCAACUCCCGACUUGUCAAAUACCGAGCGCUGCUGUGUGAGAACCCUAACGUGCAAGUGAAUGACUGCGUAGCCCUGAAUCCUGCGACUCUGAUGCCUUUGCCUGAGCCAGUUAUACAUGAUUGCCAAGAAAUAAUGGACACUGUCCAUUCUAGCAGACCCGACCUAAAAGACAGUCCUGUGCCUGGCAGCAUCAUCCUUUUUACUGAUGGAAGCAGUUUUGUCCAGCACGGUGUCAGAAAGGCGGGUUACGCCAUAGUAACAGAAGAUGAGGUCCUAAUCGCUGAAGCGCUUCCACCUGGCACGUCCGCUCAGAAAGCUGAACUCUUAGCUUUAAUCGCUGCACUAGAAUGGGGAAGAGAAAAGAAGAUCACGGUCUACACAGAUUCAAAAUAUGCAUUUCUUACUCUCCAAGUACACGGAGCAUUGUACCGAGAGCGAGGGUUCCUCACAGCCGAAGGAAGAGAAAUAGCACAUUCACAAGAGAUCCAGAGGCUCUUACAAGCUGUAUGGCUACCAGAGAAGGUUGCGGUGAUUCACUGCAGAGCACACACCGGGAAAUCUAACCCAAUUGCUCGAGGGAACCAGAGGGCGGAUCAGGCUGCCAAAGACGCCGCCAACCAGCCAGUACGAGAAACAAGCCACGCCCUCUUGAUUUCCCUGCCACCUCUUGCCAUGACGCCUCCAACUGCGGUGUACCACAUGCACAGACAAUGCCAUCUAGGCAAAGAAGCCCUUCGGCAUCUGAUCGAAAAGACCAUGUACAUAGACAAGUUAGCCACCCACUGCAUGGAAGCUUCCAAAAGAUGUGUCACCUGUGCACGAAAUAACCCAAAGAAAGGACCUGUGCUUCCCCCAGGCCAGAUACUCCGAGGCAGCCGACCCUUUCAAGUUAUGCAAAUUGACUUCACCCACAUGCCGCCAGCUGGAGGCUACAAGGUCGCCCUCGUAGCCGUAUGCACGUUCUCGGGAUGGGUAGAAGCAUGGCCAGUCAGAUCAGAAGGGGCAAGAGAAGUAGCGAAACACCUGAUCCAAGACCUCAUCCCUCGCUAUGGCCUGCCCCAGCAGCUGAACUCUGACAAUGGACCAGCUUUCCAAGCCGAGCUCACUGAAAAACUUAGCAAAGCACUUCAUAUAGACUGGAAGCUACACUGUGCUUGGAGACCGCAGAGCAGCGGGGCAGUAGAAAGAGCCAACCAGACCCUGAAACUACACCUUCGCAAAAUGUGCGCAGAAACACACUCUAAAUGGACUCAGAUGCUCCCUGUUGCCUUGCUCCACAUGAGGUGCACCCCCCGAAGUAACGGGCUGACUCCAUAUGAACUAGUCUAUGCCAGGCCUCCGCCGCUGCCAGCUACAGUCGAGACCCUGCCACUUCGUGGCGAGAUCAACCUUAAUCGGAUUCUAAAAGAACUGAAUCAGACAGUGCUAGAAAUGAGCCAGCAUACUGAACAGACUCCCUUAGGAAUAGUUAUCCCUGUUCAUGGCUUCAAGCCUGGGGAUGAAGUCUGGGUAAAGAGUUAUAAAGAAAGCCUGUUAGGGAAGACAUGGGACGGGCCAUAUACCAUUAUACUGACUACUCCUACUGCUUUAAAGGUCCAAGGGAAUUCCAGUUGGGGCCUGGGUGUGACCAGCUACGCGGCAAGGAGGCUGCUGUGGGACUACAUGGAAGCCCAAGAACAUCAGUUGGGUUGUUUGCAAAUUAAUCCCUAUCAGGCCAAACAUCGGCUACCCACUGCAGCAGGAACCAACGAUGCCAUCCAGAGCGUUGUCCCACCAAAGAGCAGCAGCUCUGGAAGCGUUAGAAACACAACCAUCAGUCUCCCCCGCUCCGCGGGAGCCGGGCUUGCUCAGCAGAAAGGCAACCUCCCAGGGAAACAGGGAAACAUCUGCACCCAGCAGGGCCUGGACAGAGGCCAUUGGAGCGGCAUUGAAAGCCCUGGAGGAGGCAGAACCACCAUCCUCUCCGUCUCCAUCACCAUCUCCAUCACCAUCUCCUCCACCUCCUCCAGCAAGAACAUCUGCUGCACCUCUUCCAACAAUACCAGAACCAUCAAUCCAAGGAAUGGGGCAACCGUCUUCACAGGCCGAAGGGAACCUCCCCCCAAUCAGGAAGCGGGCGUGGAGGAAAAGGAGUGGAGAUCCUCUGAACGAGCCAGAGGAAGAGGAUGA